AUGGCAAAAAGCAGCAAGAAACGCAAGGUCCAUAGCAACCACGCCGAAAAUCGAAAGCCCACGAGACCGCCACUGCGAAAAGACGCAAUCAAAUCCAAAUCUGCGUCGAGACAGCAGCAGCAGCCAUCAUCCAAAUCAGCGAAAGUGCAGCAUCCGAAAAGCCAUAUACCCUUUCUAGACUCGGACCGCAUCCUCCUCAUCGGCGAGGGCGAUUUCUCUUUUGCCAAGAGCAUCGUCCAAGAACACGGCUGCUACGACGUCACGGCGACAUGCUACGUCUCGCAAGACGUCCUGUUUGAGAAAUACAAGCCGCAAGUAGAAGAGCACGUGCGAUAUCUUGACGAAGAAGGACAACAUGUCGUCUACAACGUCGACGCCACUAAGCUGGACAAGAACAAAUCGCUGGCCAAAGCAGUCGCGACAGGAGGGAGAUUCAAUGUCAUUCUCUUCAACUUUCCCCACGUCGGCGGGAAAUCGACCGACGUGAAUAGACAAGUGCGCUUCAACCAAGAACUUCUCGUCGAAUUCUUCCAAAGCUGCCAGAUGCUCCUUUCGCACGAGGCAAAAGUCGUCGUUACCUUGUUUGAAGGCGAGCCAUAUACGCUGUGGAACGUGAGAGACCUGGCAAGACAUGCUGGGCUCGAAGUUAUGACGAGCUUCAAGUUUUUCGCCGCAGCGUAUCCGGGAUAUCAACAUGUUCGGACGUUGGGCAACAUUGAGGGAGGAGGUGGGUGGAAGGGA